ACCCCACACACACUCUCUCUCUCUCUCUCUUUCCCCAUUAUUCCCCAAUCUCUUCGGAUUCGAUCCCCGUCGACAUUGUCGCCGAUCGGAGACGCAGCGCCACGGAGAUCGCCGGAGGCGGAGGAGUCGAUCGGUACCGGUAUCUCCACACCCUUCUCCCUUCUAAUGGGCUCAAACUCCGUGAAUGGUUUUCUGGAGAGCCCUGCUGGAGUUCAUUUCUCAGGACUUCAUCUGGAUGAGUCGCAGCUAAAAAGUUCUCAACAGGAGAAAAAACCAACAACCUCACCAAAGGAGUAUGGACACAGAGAACCCUUUGUUAUUGUGGACUAGAAUUAUUCCCCCACCUCUCCCACCCCCCAUUUUUAGGUGUUGGUGGUGGUGCAGCUUCAGGAAAGAGCACCGUAUGUGAGAUGAUUAUUGAGCAGCUACAUGAUCAACGUGUUGUCCUUGUAAAUCAGGAAUCUUUUUACCAUAGUUUAUCAGAAGAGGAAUCAAGUCGAGUUCAUGAAUACAAUUUUGACCAUCCUGACGCUUUUGAUACUGAAAAGUUACUUUCUUGUAUGGAGAAUUUGAAGCACGGAAGGCCUGCUGAUAUCCCUAAUUAUGAUCUCAAAACUCAUAGGAAUGUAUCGCCGGCCCGAAAGGUUAACCCUUCAGAUGUAAUUAUUUUGGAAGGGAUUUUAGUAUUUCAUGAUUCACAUGUUCGGGAGCUAAUGAACAUGAAGAUCUUUGUUGACACAGAUGCUGAUAUACGUCUAGCAAGGAGGAUUUGCCGUGAUACUGUUGAAAAGGGCAGAGAUGUCAGAACAGUACUCGAUCAGUACUCAAAAUUUGUGAAACCUGCUUUUGACGACUUCAUACUCCCGACGAAGAAGUAUGCUGAUAUUAUCAUUCCCCGAGGUGGAGACAAUCACGUGGCAAUUGACUUGAUCGUGCAACAUAUUCGCACUAAGCUUGGUCAGCAUGAUCUUUGUAAAAUAUAUCCAAAUCUCUAUGUCAUUCAAUCAACCUUUCAGAUACGUGGCAUGCAUACGCUAAUACGUGAUGCCGAAACUACAAAGCAUGAUUUCAUCUUUUAUGCUGAUAGACUAAUUCGUUUGGUUGUUGAGCAUGGUCUUGGUCAUCUUCCAUUCAAAGAAAAGCAGGUGAUAACUCCUACUGGAGCUGUAUAUACUGGGGUGGAAUUCUGUAGGAGGUUAUGCGGUAUCUCGGUGAUCAGAAGUGGUGAGAGUAUGGAGAAUGCACUGCGGGCUUGUUGUAAAGGUAUUAAGAUUGGCAAGAUUCUUAUUCAUAGGGAAGGAGAUAAUGGUCAGCAGCUAAUUUACCAAAAUCUCCCAAAAGACAUCUCAGAUAGACAUGUUCUGCUGCUGGAUCCUAUACUUGGUACAGGCAAUUCGGCUGUUCAAGCUAUAUCAUUGCUUUUACAGAAGGGUGUACAAGAAGGCAACAUUAUAUUUCUUAAUCUCAUAUCUGCUCCUCAAGGGGUGCAUGCAGUUUGUAAAAGAUUCCCAAGAAUCAAGAUUGUGACAUCGGAGAUUGAGGUUGGCCUAAAUGAUGAUUACCGCGUCAUUCCCGGCAUGGGCGAGUUUGGAGACAGAUACUUUGGAACAGAUAAUGAUUAGAAGAUGGCGAUCAACAUUAAAAAGAACCCCCCCAAAAAAAAGAGAGUGAGAAAAAGCGACAUACCAAAUCCGGUGCAUUUUUCCUAUUUUCUUAAUUGGGAAUUACGAAAGAGAGAGGGUACCAUAUUCUUCUGCGGCAAUUCUUCAUCAUUUUUUGAGUUUUUUUUUCCUCUCCUUUUAAUUUUGUCUACGCCCAUGCAGUUUUAUCAUUCAUUGUUGUUAUAGAUUGUCACAAACGAAAAAGAAUAUAUAUAUAUAUAUAUCUGUGAGUCAUAAGUAGUGUAUCUGGGUUUGGAAUUCAACUCCAGUUACAUUAUUCUUAUCUAAUUAAAGAGGACAAUAAUAUUUGGGCUCAGAUGGAGUGUUUUCAUUACUUGUCGAA